AUGGUCAAAUCGAAGUCGCCGAGGCCUAAGACCGUUGCGACGACAGCGGAUUCGAGGGCAACGGCGACGGUAAAAUCGAAGUCGCCGCGGCCCAAGAGCCUUGCGACGACAAUAGAUUCGAAGGCAACGACGACGGUCAGGUCGAAGUCGCCGAGGCCUAAGGGUGCUACGUCGAAGACGGUGGCCAGAGGAGAUAACAGCGGCGGUGACCGUGUAGCCGGUGGGGGCGAUGGUGGUGUGACCGCCGGGAGUGGGAGAAGUCCCAGCAAGAAACGUCAACGACCCAGGUUCUCUGCCUCCACUAGCACUGCCCGGGAGCAUGACGUCAGGGCACCAGCGACACCAGGGUCUCCAUGUAGCAAUUCCUCCAGUACGAUGGACAAGGUGGUCCCCCAGGUCCAGCAGAAGGUCUGCAGUAACGACGGCGGCGAAGAGGGGGGCGGUCUUCCAUCUCUCGGCACAUGGGAGAAGACCGUGCUCCAGCUGGAGAUCUUGAAAAAGAUCACGGGAAAGGACGACGAAGAGCUAGAGUGGCUUAUCACGGCAACCCAGGGAAACGCAGUGGAAAUGAGCGAGAGGCGGAGGGAGACCGCGGAGACAGAGUACCACCGCCUUCUCUUCCAAGAAUCCAUGGUUCAGGCGGCCAUGGAGAUUCUCAAGGACCGUCGGCUUUCGGUGUCUCUCAAAGCCGUCGCCAAGAUGGGAGGAGACCUCGAACGCCUGACCAAUCCUCACGGUCAGCUUGCCGAAGAGUUCGGCGGUGAACUCCUCGGUCAGGCCGGCGGCGGCGAGGCCGGGGCCGAGGCGAAGUUGCGCCACGUGGUCGAGGGCAUCUCCGCGGCGCAGGAGAAGGUGCUGCGGGUCGGCCACGCCCUGAUCGAUGAGGCCGAGAGUGGCACCAAGAAGGCCAUAGGGGCGUACAAGGGCGCGCUCAAGACUGUCAUCGGCUGGGCCAGAGAGCUCAUUGCACCCGCCCAGGCUGUGAACGGCCUCCAAGACUUGGAGGCUGCCACGAAGGCGAUGGCUGAGGGACUCAGCAAGACAAGGAGAGACUGCCAGACUGCUCUCGAAAGCAUGGAGCUGUGGAGGGAGAGGAAGGAGGCCCUGCCCGAGUAUAUUAAGGUACGUUGUGAAGGUAUGCAGCACGUGGCCGAAGAAGAGAAGGCCUGGUUCGAGAGAGAGGCCGCCGCCAACGAGAAGGCUCUGCGGUGCAUGCGGUCUCUCAUCCCGGUGGGCGUGACCGGGCUCACGGUGUCGGAGUUAGAGCAGCGCGCCAUCGAGGGGGGUUCGCUGUAUCCGAGGGAUUUGUCCCUAAGGCUAAAGGAGAACCGGCUCCUCCACUGGACGGUGAUGCACCCGGAAGACAUUGCGAGGAGCAACUUCCUGCAGGGAGCACACGCUCAUUUCUUCACCAAUCUCGACAAGUACGACCUGGUGGAGAUGAGGGCGGUGAUGGCAUGCCUUCCGGCCAAGUUCGAGGUGGACGAGGACGGUCGCAAGGCUGCCUGGAGGGCCGAGUUCGUGCAACGGGCGAAGGGUCUCGUGGCUCAGGAGAGGGGCGACACAGUGAGCGGGGGCUGGGACCCCAAGAUCUCGGCCAGGCGGCAAGUUCGCCUUCCCGAGCUGAGCGCCGGGCAGGCCAGGAGGGAGGAGUACUUUUAUCCGACGGCGGAAAAGGUGCAGGGCACGGUGGACAAGCUCCGAGAGCGGCAGCGCAAGCUGGAGGCGAAGCAGGCGGACUUGGCCAAGGUGAGGGACGAGCUCCUCCCCGAGGCGAGACGGGAGUACGACUACGUCCUCGAGGACACUCGCCACUCGGUCAACAGGGCCACCCGCACUCCGGAGGCUCUCCGGAGUGCAAGAGAAGAGGCCAAGUCGGAGGUCACCAGGCUUUCGAAGGAGGCAAAACGCCUCGAGGGUGAGGUAGCGUCGGCGGUCCGCGCGCUAAGGGAGAGCCCGUCGACGGUGGAAGGCAUGCUCAAGGAGGCCGCGGCAACACGGCGGCUGCUGGCUAAACGCUCGAGGAAGCUCUCUCGCUUGUCCGCCAAGCAGCAUGCCAAGGGGGCAGCCACCUCCGCUACCGCUUGCCCGCCCGCCCCGGCGCGCGAAAAUGGUGGCCGGGUGGGCGCGGAAGCCGAAACGGGAUCCACGGCGGAAGAGGACAGUAAGGCGGAGGUGGAAGGGGAAGAAGACGACGACGAGGGAGAGGAGUUGGAAGGCGAGGACGAUCAGAACGAACAGGAGGCGGAGGAGGAGGAGGAGGCGGAGGAGGUGGAGGUGGAAGAGGGGUCAGUGGUUUUGGGGGCCUUUGACCCAACCCCCGAGCUCAAGUCCAGGCUGAACGACAGGGGAAACUCUCUCCGGUUUGUGACGGCGGACGAGGAGGCACAGAUCCGGAAGGAAGAGCUGGCGAUGGUCUUCUCCGGUCGGUCCAGCGGAUCAGCAGCGGCUAGCGGGGUGUUGGAGGAAGACGGCGGCAGUAGCAGCAGCAUCGGUGGUAAUGGUGAUGAUGACACCGGUGGCGAUGCGGAGGAGGGGGAGAAGACGUCGGCCGACGAUGUGGGCAGCGAUUCCAGCCUAGCUGGUGGACGGGGAAGCACCAGGGGCCGGGUCAAGUCCUUCGGGGCAAUCUUGGAGAGCACCCUGAGCAAGAACUUGGUCCCCGCCCCCCCACCCUCCCGGUCUACCGGCCCGAUCAGGAGGGCCAGCAUGUCGGCGUUGCCCCCCCGGCCGGAGCGGGAGUCCAGCGGCAAGAAGAAGGCCGCGGUGAUCGCCAAGGAGACGCCGUGGAAGCCCAAGUCUAAGUACUUCCGCUCCCUGCAGUCCGCGGCCGCCGCCAGCGACGGCAACGGCAACGCCAGCAGCGGUGGCUCUCGCUCUACCGGCGGCAUGCCUCCGCCCCCGCAGGCACCGAUGCUGGGAAUGCUGUCGCAGAUUCGGGCCCGCGGCAACAACACAGGCUGCUCUCGGUCGACCGGCUGCCUGCCCCCGCCGCCGCCGCCGCCGCCUCCGCCGCCGCCGGCACCGAUGCCGGGAAUGCUGUCGGAGAUCCGGGCGCGCGGCGGCAGCGCGCGCGGCGUCGCUGGCACCCAGAGCGGCGGUAGCCAAGCGCCGGCCGGCAUGGACGGUCUUUUGGCAGAGAUUCGAGCGAGGCGCCGCUGAGGUCGAGAGGCCCUCACAGAGCUCCACACUAGUCGAAGGGGAUGGUCUUCCACGUUUUGUGAUUUUGUUUUGUUUCGUGCACGUGCAGUUGUGGCUCCGAUCCUAAAGGGUCGAAAUCGGUCGUCACGGACAGAACCCGCUGUAGUGUAGUUGAGCACCCUCUUAUUCCAGUAAGCGAGGGUUGAGGGCCUUUGUAACACCUCCCAAUCAAUGUAUUAUAUCGGGGCCACCACUGUAAAUGUCGGUUGUACAGCAUAGAUUGUCUGAGUUACGUACUGGCGGGGCUGCUAAUUGAGGUAGUUAGACUUGAUUGGGUCUAUGAGUGGCUGCCUGUUGUAUCACGUGUAUCUCUAUCGUGUGUGUUUGAGAGAACACACCGGCUGUGACUGCACUUUAUCUGGGUUUUUACUUGCUGUUGUGGGUGACUGUGACUGUGACUGGAUUUGUAUGCGUAUAGGGAGAGGUGAGGUGACCGGGUGCAACUUGUCACCCACGACACCGACCCGACACAACUGCUCUUGUUUUUAUUUUUUCUUCUUCCGGUGUCUAAGCCGUCUGCUUUUGUCAUCAGCGGCAGAGGUUCCUGUUCCCGCGCUUCUAGAAUAAAGCCCGCCUUGUUUUCGUGCAGGACUGUAAAGAUUCGUGGGGGAUCUAUUCAGUUCGUGUGCUGUACUCGUUUGAUGGGUCAGUCUAGAGGUCAGCAGGGCAAUUUUGAAGAGAUUUGGAGGUUUGUUUCUUUCGAUCAAGGUGAUUCGGUUUCGUAUACGAACAAUGGUCACGAAACGACAUGUCGCGCACGUGCGCGGGAGCACGGGAAGAUUUAAGUUCGUAUUUGUUGGUAGGCUUUUGGGAGGGGGUUGUCAUGCAGGCAUGUUUUGAGCGGUCGCUCGUUAUGGUGGGUGGAAUGUUGCAAGUUUUUUAUGCGGUUGAAAUGCGAAAAGAGGAACGGAAGUAGCGUUUCCUCGAACAACCUUCCUUCUGAAGGCGCUCGAGGGCUUUGUAACCCCGCGGUGUUGCUGUGCCGUGUUUCAUGUUUACGGGACCGCAUUUUUUUUGCCUUGUUCGAGAGAGAAAUUUCUGAGAAAUUUCUCUGUUCACAGGCGUCGUAGGCUCUUCCGUCUCCGGUUUUAUCACUUUCAUCCGAUAGGGAGCUGUUUUACAAUUCUGUUUUUUUUUCCGAAAUGUGACUUUGAGAGUAUGCCACUGUUUCCUCUUUUUGGAGAAGACGACGGUCGUCAUUGUUCGGUUAUUGUACACCGAAGGGCAGGAGAUAGAAUGAGAUAGGAAGAGGGUCCGUGUGUGGGUCUUGUGUCGUAUGGGUGUCGUCGUGUCGGUUCCCUUUAUUUUUCCAUGUCGGUUCAAUGGUCGAGGAUGUGGGGUGGCUCCUGGGCAUCCGGGUGAAGAUGGGUUUAGCGCACCGCUCCGAUGCUAUCAUGGGUGAUCCAAAAAUGUGGUAUGGGGCUUGGGUACGGCUUGGGGUAACAGGCUAUCGCUAAGACGAUGAUGAUGAGCGGGAGUUGCUGUUUUUGCUGGGAGGGUCGUGAUGUGGUUGCGUUGGCUUCGAGGUAGCCGGUUGAAGUGGCAACUCUUGAAGCCUCGAAUUUUUGAUACUGCGUUGAGCAGCGGAGGUUGCUGUUUGUGCUGGGAGCGUUGUAUCGGGCGGGGACUUGGCCUUGAUGUAGUACGUAUCCGAAGGAGUGCUGGCGACGGGGUAGACAAAUAUCGCCCAGU